UUCGUACUGAGGCUUUCGGGACGGCGGCGGGAAGAUGGCGGCCCCCAGGGAUGGAUUUGAAGCCGUGGAGGCAGAGGGCAGCGCAGGGUGCCGGGGGAGCUCGGGAAUGGAGGUGGUUCUUCCCUCGGAUCCCGCCGUCCCCGCUCCGCUGUGCCCUCACGGACCCACUCUUCUGUUUGUAAAGGUGACCCAAGGGAAAGAAGAAACUCGGAGGUUUUAUGCCUGUUCAGCCUGUAGAGAUAGAAAAGACUGUAAUUUUUUUCAGUGGGAAGAUGAAAAGUUGUCAGGAGCUAGACUUGCUGCCCGAGAAGCUCAUAACCGAAGAUGUCAGCCUCCCCUGUCCCGAAGGCAGUGUGUGGAAAGGUACUUGAAGUUUAUUGAGUUGCCCUUGACUCAGAGAAAGUUUUGUCAAAGAUGUCAGCAGUUGCUGUUACCAGAUGACUGGGGGCAACAUAGUGAGCAUCAGGUUCUGGGUGAUGUGUCCAUCACCCAGUUAAGAAGACCCAGUCAACUCCUUUAUCCACUGGAAAACAAGAAGACAAAUGCCCAGUAUCUGUUUGCUGAUCGGAGCUGUCAGUUCUUGGUAGACUUACUUUCUGCCCUUGGAUUCAGAAGAGUACUGUGUGUUGGAACACCAAGGUUGCAUGAGCUGAUCAGGUUGACAGCAUCAGGUGACAAGAAGUCUAACAUUAAAAGCCUUUUAUUGGAUAUUGAUUUUCGGUAUUCACAGUUUUAUAUGGAAGAUAGCUUUUGCCAUUAUAAUAUGUUUAACCAUCAUUUCUUUGAUGGAAAGACUGCCCUUGAAGUAUGCAGAGCAUUUUUACAGGAAGAUAAAGGCGAAGAAAUCAUUAUGGUGACGGAUCCUCCAUUUGGUGGCUUGGUUGAACCUUUGGCUAUUACAUUCAAGAAGUUAAUUGCUAUGUGGAAAGAAGGUCAAAGCCAAGAUGACAGUCACAAAGAACUACCCAUUUUCUGGAUUUUCCCCUAUUUUUUUGAAUCCCGAAUUUGUCAGUUUUUUCCAAGCUUCCGGAUGCUGGAUUACCAGGUAGAUUAUGAUAAUCAUGCACUUUAUAAACACGGAAAGACAGGUCGAAAACAGUCUCCCGUGCGUAUUUUCACCAACAUUCCACCCAACAAAAUAAUCCUUCCUACUGAAGAAGGGUACAGAUUUUGCUCUCUGUGUCAACGAUAUGUUUCUCUAGAGAAUCAACACUGUGAGCACUGUAAUUCUUGCACAUCCAAGGAUGGCAGGAAAUGGAACCAUUGCUUUCUCUGUAAAAAGUGUGUAAAGCCUUCCUGGAUCCACUGUAGCAUUUGCAAUCACUGUGCUGUUCCAGAUCAUUCUUGCGAGGGCCCCAAAGAUGGCUGCUUUAUUUGUGGUGAAUUGGAUCAUAAACGCAGUACUUGUCCUAACAUUGCUACAUCUAAAAGAGCUAACAAAGCUGUCAGAAAGCAGAAGCAAAGAAAAAGUAGUAAGAUGAAAAUGGAGACCACGAAAGGACAAUCCAUGAAUCAUACAUCUGCUACAAGGAGAAAGAAAAGGAGGGAAAGAGCCCAUCAAUAUCUUGGCUCUUAAAUGUCCAGUGACUUGAGAAUAAGAAAGAUUUAUGGUCCAACCUUUGAUGCCAUUUUCUGAAAGUGCCACACUGGACUUAAAUUCAGCCGCUUCCAGAGGUGUGCACCUUUCUGAGCUAGAUAACAGGCAGGUGGCAUUUGCUGGCUUACAGUCCCUUAUCUGCCUCUCUGGAGACUUGGGAGUUGUUCCAUCUUCAGCUGAUUUACUAGUUCUUUCAGCAUCCCUUUUUCCUCGCUUUAAGUCUCUCCCAGUCGCAUUAUUCUAUUUUUAUUUUUUUUGAAAUGGAGUCUUGCUCUGUCUCCCAGGCUAGAGUGCAAUGGCAUGACCUCAGCUCACUGCAACCUCUGCCUCCCGGGUUCAAGUGAUUCUCCUGCCUUAGUCUCCUGAGUAGCUGGGAUCACAGGCACAUGCCACCGUGACUGGCUGAUUUUUGUAUGUUUAGUAGAGACGGGGUUUCACCACGUUGGCCAGGCUGAUCUCGAACUCCUGGCCUCAAGGGAUCUGCCUGCUUUGGCCUCCCAAAGUGCUGGGAUUACAGGCAUGAGCCACCUCACCCAGCUCCUGUCAUAUUAUUCUAGCCUCUUUAAUCCAGAAAAUGCAGACAGCAUUCUUUUGCAGAAGAUGUCAGAAGAAAACGAAAGUGAAAACCUAUGAAGUUUGUCUACCUUGAACAUAAAAGUAUGUUCAUUUAAAUAGGAAAAUAUUUUAUGUUAAAUAUGAAACAAUAGUUUAAACCCCACUUGAAAAGUACAGUGUACAAUUAUUUUUAGACUGAAUUUGAAGAUGAUGGAGAGUUUUUACAAAGGCACUGUAUAGCUAUAGAGAUUGUAAUUAUAAUUACAUUAUUAUUAAAUAUUUAUUUUCCAUGUA